GCGAUUCCAUCUCUUUUUCAAUAUGGCUGCGCUCAGGGGCAAAAUAGUCCCUGGUCGUCUAACGACUUGUUUCUUUAAACACACGAAUGCAGCCAGUAUUUCCACGUUACCUGCUUCAUGGACACGAAACGGGUAUGCUGUGCACAGAUCACAUCUUCGCACUAUCAAAGGAAGUGGAGUUUCGUUUGUUCAGCCUCUGCUUGGACGUCAUAAUUAUGGACGGUUAUACUUGGUCAGUGCCAUGACAGUGCACCAAAAUAACUCAAAGACAACAGAUGGAACUGUACCUGCUACCAGUUCAACAGCAGACAUCCCAUUAUCUUCUCCAGAAACUGCUGUAGAAUCUGCAUUAGUAUCUGCUCCAGAAACUCACACAGAAGCUGCUCAAAUACUUGCUUCAGAAUCUGUUCCAGUAGCUGCUCCUUUAUCUGAUUCAGCAUUGGAUACUGCUCCUGACCUUACUCCAGUAAUCACACAGCCAGUCACCGAAGUGGCUGAUGCCCCUGUCCUGGCAAUGGAUGUCCUGCAGGGGGCAGGAGCAGAGCUCAGCCUGGCAGAAUUGGGUCUAGGUUGCUAUACACCUGUAGGCCUGAUUCAGAACUUGUUGGAAUUCAUGCAUGUUGGCAUUGGACUGCCCUGGUGGGGUGCUAUUGUUGCAGGUACUAUCAUAGCCCGCUGUGCAGUGUUCCCGGUCAUCGUAAAGGGACAAAGAGAGGCAGCUAAGCUGAACAAUGUCCUCCCAGAAAUGACCAAGCUCACCAAUCGCAUGAAUGAGGCCAAGCAGAGUGGCAACAAGUUUGAAUUCUCAAAGGCAUAUUCUGACAUGAUGUUGUUCCAGAAGAAACAUGAUGUUAACCCACUCCGUGGGUUCCUGGUGCCUUUGGUGCAGGCACCAGUCUUUAUUUCAUUCUUCAUUGCCUUGCGCAAGAUGGCCUAUGCCCCUGUGCCCAGCAUGCAGACUGGUGGAUUGUGGUGGUUUACUGACUUAACUGCAGCAGAUCCAUUUUACAUCCUUCCACUUGCUGUCACAGGGACCAUGUUUGCCAUCCUGGAGUUGGGAGCAGAAUCUGGUAUAGACAACCCCAACCUGAGAGCAAUGAAGACUGUCUUCAGAAUUAUGCCAUUUAUCAUCCUACCGAUGACCAUCAACUUCCCUACAGCAGUGUUUACAUACUGGAUGACCUCGAAUCUCUUUUCGCUGGGUCAGGUAGCCCUGCUGAGGCAUCCUGCAGUGAGAGAGAAGCUUAAAAUCCCAGUGCGCAUCACUCACCCCACCGCAGCUCUGCCUCCCAGUGAUGGUUUUAUUGAGAAUCUCAGGAAAGGCUGGAAGAAUGCACAACUAGCUCAUCAGCUACAGGAAAGAGAAAGGAGGAUUAAGGACCACCUUGACAUUGCAGCUAAAGGUCCACUAAGGCAGACCUUUUCCCAAAAUCCCCUGCAGCAGAGAUCUGCACCCAUGUCAACAGAAAAUUCAUCCAGAAACAAGCAAGUACAGCAAGGAAGUGGGAAGAAGAGGCCCUGGGAAGAAACAAUUGGUUAAAAACUACCUACCAGAUCAUUUUUACAUAAAUUUGUAUAUAUUUAUUCAGGAGGGGGGAAAUGAGCAUAAUAUGAUCCUUCUAAAUAAUAACUCAUUAAAGAGGAAACUGAUGGAUAUCA